GCAUGAGCGCGUUAAGAAUAAAAGGGAUUUUUUAAGAGUAGGGUGGAUGAUAUAGUUAAAUCGGUCAUUCUCAUUUUCUCAACGGAAUCGCCGGGUGUUUUUCGUAAUUGAAGACGACAAUGAAACCACUCUUUCUAUCAUCUUUGCAGUCAAUGAUAGAACUGCGUAAAAUCGUGACUGCAUAAACCUUCAAUAAUAUAGCUACAUUUUUCAUCGUUUGGGAUCACUCGUUUCCAGUAUUUUAGGUAAUUGGAUACCUAGGGAUCACAGGGCGUACCGUGGGAGAGGAACGAUGCCAUGAAAUAAGUUGUUAUUGCAGUGUGGGACACCCCCUCGGUGUUUCCCGCAGUGCAAGGAGAUUCCGUCGUGAGAAUCAAGGCCUGACAAAAGAAGGGAAAUAUGUUCAUGCCUCCUGUCACAUUUGAUUUUUGUUUUUCUGAGCGGAAGAGCGGAGCAGCAUUUCCACCAGUCAGGAUGUAGAUGGAUCUUGUGCUGAGCCAGUGAACCAGCAUUAUUUAUGCAGUCAAACCCGCUCUCCACGGCGGCACAUCUUAAUGCAACACUACCGCUGACUCUCUUCUUUGAUUCCAUGUUUUCUUUUCUCUUCCUUACCUGUUUUUUCUCUCCUUUGUCACUGGAAAUGUUCAUCAUCUCAGGAGAGGACCGGCCGCGGGAGAAUGUGGUGGGCACGUCGGACGGCCAGGCCUCUACGGUGGGGACCAGCACAGAGGGAGGCUCCUCCGGCAAGCGGCGGCUGCACUGCUGCGUACGGGUGACUGCGCUGCAGGUGCGCAAGGCCCUGUGGGGCAUCGCCAUGGUGAUGUGCGUGUGCUCGUCCUGGGCUGGCUCCACUCAGCUGGCCAAGCUGACGUUCAAGCAGUUCGACGCGCCCUUCACACUCACGUGGUUCGCCACCACCUGGAACUGCCUCUUCUUCCCGCUCUACUACGUCGGGCACAUGUGCAAAAAUCCGGAGAGGCAGACGCCGAAGCAGAGGUUCAGGGAGUGCUGUCGGUUCUUUGGGGAUGAUGGGCUGACGGCCAAGGUCUUCUUCACCAAGGUGGCUCCCUUCGGCCUCCUGUGGACGCUCACCAACUACCUGUACCUGCAGGCGCUGCGCAAGAUCAACACCACGGACGUGUCGGCCCUCUUCUGCUGUAACAAGGCCUUCGUGUUCCUGCUCUCCUGGAUCGUUCUGAGGGACCGCUUCAUGGGAGUACGGAUUGUGGCAGCCAUUUUGGCCAUUGCAGGGAUUGUGAUGAUGACAUACGCUGAUGGCUUUCACAGCCACUCUGUUAUCGGGAUCACGCUGGUGGUCGCCUCUGCAUCAAUGUCAGCCCUCUACAAGGUGCUCUUCAAGCUGGUCCUGGGAAGCGCCAAGUUCGGCGAGGCGGCGCUGUUCCUGAGCAUCGUCGGCGGGGCCAACUUCGUCUUCAUCAGCUUUGUGCCCAUCAUCCUCUAUUUCACACACGUGGAGUACUUUGGUUCCCCCAGUGACAUUCCCUGGGCGUAUUUGUGUGGUGUGGCAGGUCUACUUUUAGCUUUCAACAUCCUGGUGAAUUUUGGUAUUGCAAUAACAUACCCAACAUUGAUUUCCCUUGGGAUUGUCCUCAGUGUCCCUGUCAAUGCAUUGGUGGACCUGUACACAUGUGACAUCCAGUUCAACACGGUGCGCCUCAUCGCCGUCUUCAUCAUCUGCCUGGGCUUCCUCAUGCUCCUGCUGCCCGAGGACUGGGACCAGUGCCUGAUCCAGCUCAGCACGAAGCUGCGCAAGCGCGACGAGCCAGCAGAGGGCGCCGCCGAGGCCGGCACCAAUUCGAGCCUCAACUGGAACCGCAGGAACAGGACGUCCAUGUCCACGUUCACUCACUGAGCCCAAUCCCUCAGUCCAACCCCCUCUGCUGCACCAAACACUGCACUCGCACUCGGAGACGCGCAAACCAACUGGAUCGGCUAUCUGUGACUUCUGCCUGGUGCCCCCGUCUCACCUGCUUCUUUAUUGGCUCAUUUUGUCCGGCAGUUUAGUCAGCCCAUCAGAGGAACUCAUGGGUUCCUGAUGGAGGUGGAUGUUGAUGCCCUCAUUAAUUUAAAUACAAAAAAGCACAGUCCAUUCCUGUUUUUUAAUUGACCUCCCUUCACCCUGUCUGGUCAUCACUGUUUGGAGCUGCGUUGCAUGGGCUAGUGUUAAUGUUGAGUGUCAUCUCCUUGAUGCUCACCACAAAGCCAUCCUUACUGAGGUCUAUACUUUCCAAAUACGUCAUGCCUCCCACUUUAUAUAAUGCUGUUUGGUUAUCUUUGUUUCAUAAUAUUUCUAAUUCGAAUGAACACAUAAAUGGAGGAUCUGGACUUGAAAUGUACUGUGUGAUGAACACAAAUUAUUGUUAGUGUCUAAGAGGACUCUUUUGCUGAACCUAAAAGAGAGGAUGUGAUGCUCACGGGAGACUAGUUUGAGGACUUUUCUGUCUCUCAGGUGAAAACCUUUGUGGCAUUUUCAGGGCAUUGCACUGAUUAGCAAACACCUUGGACUGUGCCUAACGCCAAUAUAAAGGGAUGCUGAACACUGAAAGCUACUGAUAAUCAGUGCCAGUAAACGUGGUGCUGAGCAACAAAGUCAAACUCAUACCAACGGGAUGGAAGCCACCGCAAUCUUGCAAUUUUGAGUGCAGCACUUGCUGCAGCUGUGCCGUCCCUCUCCCAAAGCCCACUCCGGUUGGGAAAUGGAACAGCUGCUUAUUAUCUGUCAAAUGCCCUCAGAUGGGCACACAAGCUCCCCCAGACUGUCAGCAUGGCACUGUCUCCUUCUCCCGGCACAGCAGGCUAACCCAAAUGGGGCUCCAGGAUACAAACCAUGGCAUAUGUCAGACAAAAUGCAUGAGGGGAAAAAAACAGAAAAAUGCAAGUGUUCUGCCAAUGAUGACAUGUCUGUCACCUGUCCACCGAUUCUGUUGCCCAUGCCAAACUAGGACAUAUCAGCUCCUCAUUGAAGAAGUACCGGUAUUUUUAAAAAGUCUAUAUAAAGUCAGUAAGAGAGUGCUUAUGACUUAUCAGACUUCACUACGGGGGAGGAGGACUUUUUUCUCGAAAGACUGCUAACAGUUUUUGUUUGUUUUAGACUGGUUUACAUUCAAAGCUCUUGCUCAAUUCAUCAAUCACCUUUCACCUUACCAAGGCAAGUCUAACCACUGUGAGAACACUUCCAGGUCAUGGAGGAGGUUCCAGGGCUGAUGGCUGGCACAGAGACGGAGCAAGCGCUGGAGGGGUUGGACCGUGGAGCCUGGUCCGCCAUGUCGUGAAUGUAUGACCAUUUCUCAAAAUGCACGUUCAUUUUCAUUUAUUUAUUUAUUUUUUUUAAAAAGAAACAAAAAAAACGUUCUUAUGAGGAGGUAAAAU